AUGGAACGCCUGGCCUCCUUCAGCAAUGACCCUUUUGAUAAGCCUCCGUGCCGAGGUUGCUCUUCCUACCUCACAGAGCCCUACGUGAAGUGUGCUGAGUGUGGGCCUCCUCCCUUCCUCCUGUGUUUGCAGUGUUUCACACGAGGAUUUGAAUACAAGAAACAUCAAAGUGAUCAUACUUAUGAGAUAAUGACUUCUGAUUUCCCUGUCUUGGAUCCUAACUGGACAGCUCAAGAGGAAAUGGCUCUCCUAGAAGCUGUGAUGGACUGUGGAUUUGGAAACUGGCAGGACGUAGCCAACCAGAUGUGUACAAAAUCCAAGGAGGAGUGUGAGAAACAUUAUAUGAAACACUUCAUCAAUAAUCCCUUGUUUGCAUCUACACUUCUGAACCUGAAGCAGGCGGAGGAGGCGCAGCACAACGAAACAGCCAUUCCUUUCCACCCUGCUGAUGAUCCCCCACGGCCUACUUUUGAUUCCUUGCUCUCCAGGGACAUGGCUGGGUACAUGCCAGCGAGAGCUGACUUUGUUGAGGAGUUUGACAACUAUGCUGAAUGGGAUUUAAGGGAUAUUGAUUUUGUAGAAGAUGAUUCAGACAUUUUGCAUGCUCUGAAGAUUGCGGUUGUAGAUAUCUAUCAUUCCAGGUUAAAGGAGAGACAGAGAAGAAAAAAAAUUAUAAGAGAUCAUGGCCUAAUCAACCUCCGAAAAUUUCAGAUUUUGGAAAGGCGAUACCCAAAGGAGGUUCAGGACCUUUAUGAAACAAUGCGACGAUUUGCACGGAUUCUUGGACCGGUAGAGCACGAUAAGUUCAUUGAAAGCCAUGCACUGGAAUUUGAGCUGCGAAGGGAAAUAAAGCGACUACAGGAAUACAGAGCAGCGGGAAUCACCAAUUUCUGUAGCGCCAGAACGUACGAUCACCUCAAGAAGACGAGGGACGAGGAGCGCCUGAAGCGCACCAUGCUCUCCGAAGUCCUGCAGUACAUCCAGGACAGCAGCGCCUGCCAGCAGUGGCUCAGUCGACAGGCUGAUAUUGACUCCGGCCUGACUCCCACGGUACCAGUUCCUUCCAAUUCAGGUAGACGGAGUGCCCCACCACUGAACCUCACAGGUCUCCCGGGGACAGAGAAACUUAAUGAGAAGGAGAAGGAGCUCUGUCAGAUGGUGAGGUUGGUCCCUGGAGCCUAUUUGGAAUAUAAAGCUGCUUUAGUGAACGAGUGUAACAAACAAGGAGGCCUGAGACUGGCGCAGGCGAGAGCACUCAUCAAGAUCGAUGUGAACAAAACCAGGAAAAUCUAUGACUUCCUUAUCAGGGAAGGGUACAUCACGAAAGCCUGAGGACAGGCAUCAGCCCUUUGGCUGGAGCAGACAGAUGUGGAGAAGCUUUGAAGUCACUUUGACAGCGCUGAAAGAUUUUAACAGUGUUGAAUGAAGGACAUUUCCUUUCUGUUUAAAAUCUUUUGGGGCUUUUUUUUUUUUUUUUUUGUAAAAUCAAGUAGGGAGCUUUGUGAAAUUGUACCAAUACUGACAUUUCUCUGUCUGGUUUCCUUUCGACUGCUGGUUAACAUGGCUGUUGUCAGAAUUACACUGCCAUGUAGCACUGGAAAGAAUCAUAUGCCAUAUAAGCUAAUCUUCAAUGUGAAUGGCCAUUCACUUCUAACACCUCUUGUAACUAAAAGAGAAUCGUGGUACUUUUAUUCUGACAGUGACACAGGAUAAGGACAGAAGAGCAGCACAUAAUGAGAGUCACACUUUGACUUUGUGUGAGUACAGGGGUAUAGGAGUUCAGUCCCCUCCCUUCUUGUACUCCUCCUAAAACAGUGUCAGCUUUCAAAGGAGAUAGCUCAUGCCCAAAGGUAUAAAAAUAGAGCUUGCAGUGGUCCAGUCUUUUCAACUUAAUUGUGAUAAAAGAUGGGAAAGGACAUUGCAGGGAAGCUCCUCAACAGUUGUUACUUUUAUGUGAUAUUAGCACAUAUCACAGCAUGAGAGCACUGUACAAACCAAUAAGCUUCAUCUGCUGGCUACUUCAUUUGUGAUUGUCAAGUUCUAUAGAAUCCCUCAGCUUAGUCUUUGUUGCUCCAGCUCCUUGCAAAGGCUGGAUGUUACAACCAGAGCAGCCUUUGGAACAUAAUUAAAAAGACACUCAGAACCCUGACGUUCUCUUACA